AUACAAGGGCUUUACUGAGCAUGCGUUGGAAAUGCUAGCAGCUCCAGUUAGCAUCGUUUGUAACUGGCACCUCGUUUGUUUUAAUUGUAAUUUAACUUUAAUAUAACGGUGAGCGUUUGAACGGCUGCGGCGCCUCGUUGUUUGCAAACAAUUAAAACUUUUUAAAAAGCAAGCAGCAGUUAGCUUGUUGUUGUUUUCAGUCUGUGUGAUGCGGCUCAUUUAGCUUCAAGCUAACAGCUGUCGGUGGGCGGCCGAUCAGAGGAUGAUAAAGUUUGUGCUGAUGGUGAACCGGCAGGGUCAGACCAGGCUGUCCAGGUAUUACCACCCCGUGGAGCUGAGCAGGAGAGCUGUGCUGGAGGCCGACGUGGUCCGCUGCUGCCUGAGCCGCAAGAAGGACCAGUGUUCCUUUGUGGAGUACAAAGACUUUAAACUGGUUUACCGACAGUACGCCGCCCUGUACAUCGUGGUCGGAGUCACAGACAGUGAGAACGAGCUGUCCGUCUACGAGCUGGUUCAUAACUUUGUGGAGGUUUUGGAUAAAUACUUUAGCCGAGUGAGUGAACUGGACAUCAUGUUCAACCUAGACAGAGUUCACAUCAUCCUGGACGAGAUCAUCCAGAACGGACACAUAGUGGAGACAAACAAGAGCCGCAUCCUCGCACCGCUCACCGCCCUCGACACGAUGACCAACGGCUGAGACACGCAGAAACCGUCAGGAAGUGAUGUCACAGACUGUGCUUCAGACUGACAGUAAACUGAAGGGAAUCAAACCUGCAACCUUGUGGCGAUUCAGUUUAAAUUCACUGUAAAAGGCUCAGAUGUUUAAAAACCAAUACAUCAACAUGAACUCUGAUUAACAUUUUAGUUUAGUAACAGUAACCAGGCUGUUAUCAGUUUCUGUCAUUCAGCAGGUUGAUUUUCAGUGAAAAUUGAUACUUCAUGACCAAAAACUGAGGAAGGAUUAACGGCUCGUUUCACCCGAAUUACAGAAAAAAACCCCAUCUUAUUUCCUUCCACUGGUGUCCAGAUUUAUUCUGUUUUCCAUAUGUCUAAAAGGCUUUCUUCUCUCUGGCACUCACUGCAACUCUGCUGGAGAAACCCAAUUUACAUUUAUUCUUAGGGAUGCAUCGAUCAGACACAGAUAUUGGAUAUCAGCUCCACAGAGUCAGACGGAAAUGGGUGGAUCGGCUAUCGGUGACAAGAGGGCGGAUCUAUUCAAUUAAAUUAUACGCUCACAUCAUGCGUCAAACAUUUUACUAGAGCAGAUAAAGCAUGCAGGGAGCUAAAAAUAAAAGGGUCUGCAGAUGGGAGGUAUUUCACACUUGCUACGCCAACAAGUUCUACAGCUACUUGCAAUAUCUGCAAAGCCAGUGUUUCGAGGGGCGGCGGUAGCUCUGCAAAAUAUAACACAGCGGACGUAAUCAAGCACCUCCAGAAGCAAAGUUAGGAAGCAAGUUAAGACUGAUGUUCCCUUAACGAUAAAAGAAUGAUUCCAAGUGUCCUCUUUAAAGUGAGGAAUACAGCUUAUUCGUUUUACACUGGUAUGGGAUCAGUAGCCAAAGCCCAGGUAUCUGGAUUGAAAGAGUCAGAUCUGUGCACCCCUAUUUAUUAUAUUUGAAUAAUUCUUGUAUAAAAUAUUUAAAUUUAGUCAUAUUGAGUGUGUAAAUGCAGAAUGUUAAACACCUCCAGAUCAUUAAAACCCUUUAUGUUUCAGGCCACGGGAGCUAAACUGUUAGCAUGUAGCCUAGUGUCCCUCAAAUUACGCUAUGGAAAAGCUCACAUUAAUGAACCUGGUGUCAGCGUCUCACAAUGAUCAGCUGUCCAUGUACUUUUGGUCACGAGCUCACAGCUGCCCCACCUGGCUUCAGUCGCAACUUCCUCCACAGACCACAGGACUCCGUCUUUAUUUCAUACUUUGCAAACAUUUUAAUGAUUAUUUUUUUUUGGAGCAUACACAUUUGAAAAUAUCUGUUUACCUUAAACUGCAACUUGAGUUAAAUAAAUGUUUAUAAUAUACAAAGAAAAUACAA